AUGACGAUUCCACAUGCAACGAUCGAUCUUGGUUCGGGACCCAUUGCGGCUCAACAUGUAGCUUACCCUUACACUACGGACCCUUAUUACGGCAACAUUGUCGCUUUUGGCUCUCAGGCACUGAUGGCUCCACUAGUGGGAUUACAGCAACAGACACGAAUGCCAUUACCGUCCGAAAUUGUGGAAGAGGAGCCUGUUUAUGUCAACGCAAAGCAGUACCACGGUAUUUUGCGUCGCCGUCAAGCCCGUGCUAAAGCAGAAGCCGAAAAUCGUCUGGUGAAGGCUCGAAAACCUUACUUGCAUGAGUCUCGACACAAGCAUGCACUUCGACGGGCCAGAGGUUGUGGUGGACGCUUUCUCAACACUAAGCAGCUCGAGGAAGCUGCAAAGGCACAGGCACUGUCAGGUCAAGGAUCAGGAGAGCAGCCGGGAAAUGGUGAAGAUAAAAAGGUGGACCAAGAGCAGAACGGGGGAACGACUGGAAAUCCUGGCAGUGAGGGUGAUGCCCAUAGGGUUUCAGCCAGCAGUGAAGAAGAGCCAGGAUCGGACACUGGCAAGGGGUCGGACAAUCUGUUGCUGAAGCCAAUACCACGUUUGCCAGAGGUUCAUCUGCUGUUGCUGCAGGUGGCCCAGCUUCUGCCGGCUUCCUGCAUGGGGACGCAAAAGUCUCAGCUCAAUAAGAUCCCUUCACUGGCUCUGCCUGUUGCCUCAGCCAUCCUCUCACUGGCUUCUGCUGCAGCUCAAUGA